GUAAUCAGAUCUGGGAAUAGAAAUGCGCAACAUCGUGAUCAUCGUUAGCCUAUCUCUGGCACUUGGCAUCGCCACCGCCACCGAUUACUGCAAAAAGAGCUGCGGCAGCACCAAAAAUCUGGGAUGUGAUAAUAAUGGGGCCUGGGCUUCUAGCUGCCCCAGCGACGCCACCCUGCUGACCCUGACCACAGACCAAAAGGACGCCCUUGUGGACAGGACAAACGAGUAUCGUAACUACAUCGCUGGAGGAUUGAAUGCCAACUUGAGUGCCGCCUGUCGAAUGGCCACCAUCAAAUGGAACGACGAACUGGCCUAUUUGGCUAGCCUUAACGUGAAGAGCUGUGCCAUGCGUCACGAUGGAUGCCACAACACGGACGCCUUCGAUUGGUCUGGACAGAAUCUGGCCUGGAUGAGCUUCUACGAUCCUUUGAAUGUUACCCACUAUCUGCAGUGGGGUGUUGAUAUGUGGUACAGUGAGGCUGUGUAUACCAAACAGGCCUACAUCGAUGCCUAUCCAUCAAACUACCAAGGACCUGCCAUUGGUCAUUUCACUGUCCUUGUGGCUGAUCGCAAUACUGAGGUGGGUUGUGCCGCAGCCACUUACUCCGUUUCUGGGCAAUCUUACAAGGCCUUCCUUUUGGCCUGCAACUAUGCAGCCACCAAUGUCCUGGGCAUCAAGAUGUACAGCUCGUGUUCUACACCGGCCAGCAAGUGCACGACUGGUACUAAUCCCAACUACAAGUAUCUGUGCAGUUCCAAGGAGGUCUACGACGUGAACAACCUUUUCUAUUGAUCGAAUAAAUAGAAGCUACUAUCGGGCUAUUUCAAUUUU